AUGCAUUCUUCAACCAUUUACGUAGCCCUGGCGGCCUUUACUUCCACUCUUGUCGAAGCCCAUGGCAAGAUUAGCGUCGCUACAGGCGAUGCUGGCGGCAACACCACAGCCCUUGGUAUCAUGGGCGGUGUUGUGCCGGGGCAAGGCCCCAACCGGCAAACCGAGCCCGAUACGACCAUUUUCCGCUCUAGAAAUGCGGCUUCUGAUGGCCUGGGCCGAACCAAAGGCAAUGGCGCGAACACCCUUGAAGGCAUGAGUCGCGUUGUCGCCAUGUCUGGCUCGACUCUCCCCCAGGUCAGCAGCAAUGGCGGGUACAUUUCUGCGACUUACCAUAUUGUGACUACCGAUGGGGCUGGCCCCGUGAGAGCCAUCAUUGAUCCUUCGGGAACCGGUCAGUUUUCGCAGGGCACCGAGGCAGAAGUGAUGACACAGGUCCCGGGAAGAAACGGUAAUAUUGCCCCUGGUCCAAAGAGCAAUAACCGCCCACAGAACGGCCAAGGUGGUGGUGGCGGCGGCUUGAUUGGCAACCUGCUUGGGAAACGAGCGUCCAACGUCGAUACGGAUCAUCCUCUCAAAGUUGCUAUUCCGGCUGGGACUACCUGCCAAGGCUCCAUGGGCGGCAUGUCCAAUGUGUGUCUCCUAAAGGUUGCCAAUCCUAGCGGCGCUGGCCCUUUUGGCGGUGUGAUUGCAUUCCAGAUGGCUGGUAGCGGUGCCAAUUCGACUGCUACCAAUGGCGAGACAGCUGGAGGCAGCGAAAAUGCCUCCAACAGCAAUGGGGGCAAUGCGAACAUUGGCAAUAGUAAUGACUCCAACAACAACGGGGCAGCCAACAACGGGGCAGCCAACACCGGGGAAAAUGCAAGCAGUGGUAACGAUAUCACCUCGACCAACGAGGCCAAAAAGGGCAACUCAUUCUCUAGCAAGGGAAAUAACAGAGAGAAGCGUGCUGUCAUGUUUCAGUCUUAA